AUGAUACCUCAACUCAUCUUUUUGGCACUAGUUCUAACACUUUUUUACAAUUUUUAUUGGAAACGCCGCAGCUAUCCACCAGGUCCAACUCCACUACCUUUAAUUGGCAAUAUCUAUUCUCUAUCCAAAGUCAAUCGUUGGGAGACGAAAUUCAUAGAAUGGAGCCAAAAAUACGGUACCACCUUCACCUACUGGCUGGGUGAGAUGCCGGUGGUCGCAGUUUGUGAUUACAAUGACAUGCAAGAGUACUUUGUCAAGAAUAGUGACAUCUUCUCGAAUCGAUUCGUGAAUGAGAGGACUAUGAAGAUGAUGAAAGGUGGUCAAUAUGGUAUUAUCAGUGGUAAUGGUGGCCCGUGGAGAGAGCAUAGAAGGUUUGCGUUGAAGGUGCUACGAGACUUUGGGCUUGGCAAGAAUAAAAUGGAGGAAAGGGUGGGUGUUGUACCUAUUUCAGUCUCAGUUGAUUUACAAAGAUAAAAUACGAGUUGUCUAUCAAAUUUGAUUGGUAAAGGUAAAGGACGGCCGAUUUAAAACGGAGUUUUUCAGAUUUUAGAAGAGCUCUAUUUAUUGCUGGAAAGAGUGAACAAAGAAGUGCACGGUAAUGAGGAAAUCGACUUUUUCAAGUAUUCGGAUAUGGCCGCUGGAUCAAUAAUCAACUGCAUUAUUAGUGGCUACAGGUUUACCGAGGUACAUAUUCUUAAUUUUUAUUUUGUUUCGGAGUUGUUACAAUCUUGUUUAAAUUUUUCUUUUGCGUAUCUCUACUCUGCUCCUACCCGAGCCUUAAAUUAGGCUCUAAUCUAUCCUUACCUCCUCUGUCAUAUGCACUAAUAUAUAUGCUUUUCUAGGGAUUACAAGACCAAUUCUACAAGAUGAAAACUCUAACUACCGAGUUAGUCAAAAAAAUAACCAGUGCCAAAGUCAACCUAGUCAUGAGUAAUCCAUGGUUGUUGAACGUACCAAUAGUGAAAGACUUUCCAAACGAAUCCAUGUCAAAUCUACACCAAAUCUUCGAAUACUUGGACAUUCAGAUUGAGAAGCAUAUCAAGGAGAAUGAUUAUUCUCAAGACUUUGAGCCUUCUGAUUACAUCGAUGCCUUCUUACUUCAAAGAGAAAAAGUCAUCAGAACCGACGGUUCCGAAGGCAACUUCACUAUGGAUCAACUGAGGAACAUCUGCAUGGACUUGUGGUUGGCAGGUCAAGAGACCACGUCAUCUACCAUCACAUGGAUCAUCGCUUAUUUGAUACGAUAUCCUGAGGUACAGGAGAAGUUACAGAAGGAGCUGGAUACGGUAAUUGGAAGCAAGAGAAUUAUUAAGAUUGCUGACAAGGCUGAUCUGGUUUAUACUAAUGCUGUUAUUAUGGUAUGAUUUUUUUAUUUUUCAGUUACUUUUGACGUACCAUACUCUACUCCGCUCUCUCUACUUUAUGUUGCCUUGCCUUGCCUUGCCUUGCCUUGCCUUGCCUUGCCUUGCCUUGCCUUGCCUUGCCUUGCCUUGCCUUGCCUUGCCUUGCCUUGCCUUGCCUUGCCUUGCCUUGCCUUGCCUUGCCUUGCCUUGCCUUGCCUUGCCUUGCCUUGCCUUGCCUUGCCUUGCCUUGCCUUGCCUUGCCUUGCCUUGCCUUGCCUUGCCUUGCCUUGCCUUGCCUUGCCUUGCCUUGCCUUGCCUUGCCUUGCCUUGCCUUGCCUUGCCUUGCCUUGCCUUGCCUUGCCUUGCCUUGCCUUGCCUUGCCUUACUUUGCUUUGCUUUACUAUUCUCUGCUCUACUCUGCCAUAUCUUGCUAGCAUAUUUUACUUAUCUUAUCAAAGCUUAUUCUAGCCCCGACUUUAGGCCAACUUGUACUCUAGUUUAAGCUCUACCGUGUCAUCAACCUUAUUGUUCCUAAGACCCUACCAUACUUUAGUUCCUUCCCCACUCUACGAUUUAUUAUGUUACAAUUGCUACUGUAAUAUUUUCUCUAUAUUAAUAUUAUAAAUCUUACUGUGUUAUCUAACAUUGUAUUGUCUUUCAGGAAUGCCAACGAUGCUGCAAUUUGUUAAGUCAGAACGUUCCUCGCGCAGCGGCUGAGGACGUCGAAAUGGAUGGUUAUAAGUACAAGAAGAAUACCGCCUUUGUACCACAAAUUUCAGUGUUGCUACAGAAUUCAAAAGUAAUUUUUUAAAUUUAUGACAUUUUUUAUUAGAAAUGAGAAUUUUUUGACAUUUUUUAUUAAAAUUGGGGAUUUAUGACAUUGUUCAUUAGAAGUGAGGAUUAUAUGACAUUUUGCAUUAGAACUCACGAUUUUAUGCUAUUUUUCAGAUCUUCCCCAACCCAGAAUCCUUCAACCCCGACCGUUUCGUGACAGAAGACGGCAACCUCAAGCACGUCGAAGAGCUGAUACCUUUUUCAUUAGGUAAAAGGAUUUGUCUUGGAGAAGGAAUGGCAAGAAUGGAACUCUUUAUUUUUAUUGCCAACCUCUUCAAUCAGUACAAGUUUAUGCCCGGCAAAGUCCCACCAACACUUCUAAAAACAAAUGGCAGAUCCACUAUGACUGAACCUUAUCAUUGCCGAAUCGAGCCUAGAAGCUAG